AUGAUCCCUUUGGAUAUAGAGGUGGAGAUACUGAAUAGACUGCCGGUAAAGUCUCUUAUGAGGUCCCUAUGCGUGUCAAAGAUGUGGUCUUCCAUCAUCCGAACCCAAGGCUUUAUCGAUUCUUACUACGCUAUGUCCUCUGCGACGCGACCUCGGUUUAUAGUCGCUUUAAGCAGCAGUUCAUACGUCAAGGAUCAUGCCAAGCGUCUGUUCAUCUUCUCGGGAGAGGAAUGCUCGUCUUCUUCUUCUUACGUUUCUGCCAAUCUCGACAUGACAAUACCUUCCUUGAGAUUGGCCCACGGCUACACGUGUCCUUCCGUCCAUGGCUUUGUCAGUUGUUGUCAUGGUUUACAGUUCACUAUAUGUAACCCUAGCACGAGGCAAGUCGUUACUUUACCUGCUUGUAAUGGAUACGACAUCACAUCCUUGGGAUACGACCCUGUUGAUCAUCAAUUCAAAGCAUUGAUCCCCGUGGCUUGUGAAUAUGGUUACGAUGGUUUUAUAAUAAUAAGACUUGGAGGAGGAGGAGGAGGAGGAGCUCAAUCUCGCAGUGCGGUAACCUCCCCGCCUUAUCGGCCUCUAAGCAAGGGACUAUGCAUCGAUGGUUUCUUGUAUUAUGGCGCAGUGACUCAAAGCGAAACUCCGGUGAUUAUGUGUUUUGAUGUUAGGAAUGAGAAUAUCAGUUUUAUCACAACCCCUAAGGAUGUCCUGCAUUUGGAUAGAAAUUCAGUAUUGAUAGAAUACAAAGGGAAGUUAGCUGCCAUUGUAGGACACUGCCUUCCUUUUAACUUCCGCGGUUUUGAUUUGUGGAUACUAGAGGAUGUCAAGAAACAUGAAUGGUCUAAGCAAACAUUUGAGCUUCCUUACUGUUUGCUGGAUAUGACUUCCCCGGGCACUAACAAGGCUGGUGAAAUCAUUUUUGCUCCAUUAAAACUGUCACUUGAUAAUCUCCGACCUUUCUUCUACAUUGUCGUCUACAAUGUAGCAAGAAAAGACGUCAGACGAGUUCGUAUCCAGGGUUUUGCAGACGAUGAAGGUUUUAGGCGUCAUUAUGGGCUCGUAGGCUUUUGUAAUGUCUCAGUCUCACCCCAACACGUUCAGAGUAUUGCCUCUUUAUAG